CAUCACAUACUCUCAUUCACUCACUCGGUUAGGUGCCACCUUGUCUUCACAUAAAAUAUUUUUCAUUCAUUCAACUUUUAAUUUUCUUGUUAUUUAGAAGUACAAAGUUUUCAGGUAUUGAAAAUGGAGGUGAUGGAGAAUGGUGGUGCAAACAUGAAGGGGUUGUUGAACAAGGAGAUGAGACAUGGAAGAACAGCACAUAACAUGUCGUCUUCUUCACUGCGCAAAAAAUCUGACCUAACUCUUGUGUCUAAGGUUAAUUUUGGUCCUCUAAAAGACAUGUUGGUGAACAUUCAAGAGGUUGUUUUGGGAACCAAACUCUCUAUUCUCUUACCAGCUGUUCCAAUUGCCAUUGUUGCUCAAAGUUAUGGAUUUGGAAGACCUUGGGUUUUUGCAUUGAGUUUAUUGGGGCUUACCCCACUUGCUGAAAGACUCAGUUUCUUGACAGAACAAAUUGCUUGCUACACUGGUCCCACAGUGGGAGGACUUAUGAAUGCAACAUGUGGGAAUAGUACAGAGCUCAUUAUAGCAAUUUUUGCCCUUAGCCAUAAUAACAUUGCUUUGGUCAAAUAUUCUCUUCUGGGUUCUGUAAUUUCUAAUCUUCUUCUGGUUCUUGGAACCUCUCUAUUCUGUGGAGGUCUUGUAAACCUUAGAGAGGAGCAGAAAUAUGAUAGAAGACAAGCAGAUAUGAACUUGCUUAUGAUGUUUGUGGCAUUGCAUUGUCACUUGUUGCCAAUGCUGUUCCAUUAUGCUGCUGUCUCAGAAGGUGUCACUGCAGAAUCAUCUCUGCAGUUGUCAAGAGCUGCUAGCAUUAUUAUGGUGAUAGCCUAUUUUGCCUACCUUGUGUUCCAGCUUUGGACUCACAGACAACUAUUUCAAAACCACGAUCAAAAUGAAGAAGAGGGUGACACUGAUUCAGAUGCAGCAGUGAUAGGAUUCUGGAGUGGGUGUGUUUGGCUGGUUGGGAUCACUGUGAUCAUUGCAGUGCUUUCUGAAUAUGUGGUGGAAACAAUUGAGGAUGCAUCUAAUUCAUGGGGUUUGUCUGUUAGCUUCCUCAGCAUAAUCUUGCUUCCAAUAGUUGGUAAUGCAGCAGAACAUGCUGGAGCAAUCAUAUUUGCUUUCAAGAACAAACUGGACAUUUCUUUGGGUGUUUGUCUGGGUUCUGCAACUCAAAUUAGCAUGUUUGUGGUUCCCCUUUGUGUGAUUGUUGCUUGGAUUCUGGGAAUUGAAAUGGACCUCAGCUUCAACCUCUUAGAAACAGGUUCACUUGCUUUGGCAAUAAUAACCACAGCCUUCACAUUACAGGAUGGAACUUCUCACUACAUGAAAGGCCUUGUGCUAUUUCUGUGCUACAUUAUCAUUGGGACAUGCUUUUUCGUACAAAGAACACCUUCCGACAAAAAUAAUGCUUCCAGCAUAAUGCUCAAAUCAACAAGGGAAGCAGUUUUCAGCGUUUAAAUGGCAUUUGUGGGUGUUUUUGGUGUCUGAGAUAAAGAGUUGGAGCAUCCAAACUUUCAACAAGAUUCAAUGCAUUUGUUAUUUGUUCAUUUGUCAUUCCAAACCAAAGAGAUGAACAAGUUCUGCAUGCAGUAUCUUUCAAUCUCUUUGGUUGUUUCUGUA